AUGCGUUUUCCGGUGGGGAUGAAAUUCAAUCCCACGGAGGAGGAACUGCUGAGCCAUUACCUCAAGAACAAGAUUAUGGGUCAUCCAUUAUCCGAUUGUGAAUCCCAGUUCUUGAUUGAUAUCAACAUGUACGGCGAAAAGGCCACUCCCUGGGAAUUGUUCUGUUCCAAUUCCGACCAAUUUAUCCCGUGGCUUCAGUCGGUGGAUAUCUCAAACAAAGACAAGCAUUCAGAAGAAAUCCUUUACGUUUCAACGAAACUGAAAAGCGUAGGCAAGACCAACAAAUCGGAGAACAAGCAGAAGUGCAGGGUGGCCGGAUGCGGAACCUGGCAUGCUAACAACACAAAACAGCCGAUCACCGUGAUUGAUGAUAAUAAUGGAGAAUCCAUAUUGAUUGGUUACCGGAGAAACUUCACCUUCCGAUCACCAACCCAAGAAACGAUAGGACAAUGGAAUAUGACAGAGUACAGUAUCAAUCCAAUUGCUUUUGGGCUCAGGAAAUUCAAUUGCGAGGAUUAUGUCUUGUGUAAGAUAAAGAGAGAUCACACCAAGAGUUCUUUCGAUGGAAAGCUGGUGUCCAAAAAGAGAAAAUUUUUUGAUACUGCAACAAACUCAAGAAAGAAGGUGAUGAAAUCAUCUCCAUCUUCAUCAUCAUCUCAGAUAUCGAGUUACAGUGAAGAUGAGAAACAGAGUAUGAAUAAUAAUAACCUCCUCCAAGUCAAUAGCAGUAAUGGAUUUCUACCGGACUCCAGCACUACUUAUGAUCAGGAAGCAUUGCAAGAGACAAUUUCGGGUAUUGAAGAUUCAGAAACUGUGGUGGAAAACAAUUCAAUAAAUCAGGAAGACUUUUCAAACUCGGACCUAUGGUUUGAUUUCGAUGAAUUAUUGCAGCCAGGGAACCAAGACAUGGACUCUCUGUUAAAGACCCUUGAUAAUUGGCCUGCAGCAGCAGCUUGUUGA